AUGCCGUACGACACCAACACAACAGCCACAGAGCUAGUCCCCGAUUAUGCACCUCUCAUUGAAGGAAAAACUAUUCUUGUUACGGGGGUCUCUCCAGGAUCACUAGGCAGCUCCUACAUCCAAUGCAUCGCGAAAGCUAAGCCAGCAUGCCUGAUACUUGCUGGCCGGAGUGCCAAUAAACUUGCAAAAUGCGCCGAAGACAUUCUCGCCACAGACCCCAAUAUCGAGAUCAAGAUUCUUGAGAUUGAUCUGAGCUCAUUGAAUAGUGCGCGCAAGGCUGCAGACCAAGUCAAUGGCUGGGAGGACGUUCCUUCCAUCGACGUACUGGUCAACAAUGCCGGUAUCAUGGCGGUGGAAUAUCAGCUCUCGGCGGAUGGAUUCGAGUCACAUUUUGCUACGAAUCAUCUGGGGCCAUUUCUGUUCACGAAUCUGAUCAUGAAGAAGAUCCUUAAAUCCGCGAGUCCCCGGGUAGUCAUGGUUUCCAGUGAUGGACACAGACUGAGUCCGAUUAGGUUUUACGAUUAUAACUUUGAUGGCGGCAAAACAUACAACAAAUGGACUGGUUACGGACAAUCCAAGACUGCUAAUAUGUUGAUGGCGCUGUCGCUGGCGAAGAAACUUGGCGUCAAGUAUAACCUGCAAGCGUUUUCUCUGCACCCUGGUGCAAUCUUGACAAAUUUGAGUUCCCAUCUGGAUUGGAGCACUGACAUGGACGGGCUUUUGUCUGUCUACCGACAACUUGGUGAAAAACAGGGCUGGGAGGAUCAAGGCUUUACCCUCAAAAAUCUCGAUCGGGGUACCGCAACACAUAUCUAUGCUUCAUUUGACCCUUCUCUUAAAGCACAUAACGGGGCGCAUCUGGUCGACUCGCAUAUGGCGGAUCCAAUGGUGGAUAUCGUAAAGCCAUGGGCCACAAAUGACCUCGAAGCGGAAAAGCUUUGGGUGCUCAGCGAGAAACUGGUUGGCCAGGAAUUUCCGUACUAG